AUGGACGGAACGAACACAUCUUUGGUGACCGAGUUUGUGCUGCUGGGACUCACCAGUUCCCAUGAGCUGCAGCUGACCUUCUUUGUGAUCUUCUCUGCGUUCUACUUGGCCAUCGUGCUGGGCAACCUCCUUGUCAUCCUUGCCGUGGCCUCCGACCCACACCUGCACUCGCCCAUGUACUUCCUGCUGGCCAACCUCUCCUUCAUCGACGUGUGCCAAGCCUCCUUCGCCACCCCCAAGAUGAUCGUCGACUUCCUCUCAGAGCCCAAGACCAUCUCGUACAAUGGGUGCAUCACCCAGAUCUUCUUCGUCCACCUCUUCACUGGCAGCGAGCAGGUCUUCCUCGUGGCCAUGGCUUAUGACCGCUAUGUGGCCAUCUGUCAGCCCCUCCACUACAUGGCCAUCAUGAGUUGGCGGAAGUGCGUCGGGCUGUCGGUGACCUCGUGGGUCAUCGGCUUCAUACAUUCCUCCAGCCAGCUGGCCUUCACCGUCAACUUGCCUUUCUGCGGACCCAACGUGGUGGACAGCUUCUUCUGCGAUCUCCCCCGGGUGACCCAGCUGGCCUGCGUGGACACCUAUGUGCUGGGGCUCUUCAUCAUUGCUGACGCCGGCCUAAUUUCCACCAGUUGCUUUGUCCUCCUGCUGGCCUCCUAUACGGUCAUCCUGGCCACCGUCUGGCGGCGGCAGUCUUCCACCAGCAUGGCCAAGGCCCGUGCUACCCUCUCUGCUCACAUCACCGUGGUGAUCCUGUUCUUCGGCCCGUGUGUCUUCAUCUACCUAUGGCCCUUCACCACCUACCCUGUGGACAAGGUGCUGGCCGUGUUCUACACCGUGGCCACCCCCAUCCUGAAUCCCAUCAUCUACACGCUAAGGAACAAGGACAUGAAGGCGGCUCUGAAGAAGCUGAGUUCUCACCAUCUCAGCUCAAAGGGUUCCCAGGGGUCUCUGGGGAGGAAGACCUUUCCUUUGUAG